ACAUCUUCCAGGAGCUGUGUCUUCCGCAAGCUGCAGAGAGAUACAUCGCUUCUGGAAGUCAUCCUGAGUGCUUACUGAUUUCACAGUGUCAAGAUAGAAUAGAAGAUUUCUUUCAAACUCGAUUUCAUAAGACAGUUCUAUCGCUAAAAAGUCUGAACCCGGAAUCUGCCUUAAAAGAUACUCUGCUGAGGUUCUCUCUUGCUGAUUUUACUUUUGACCUCAAGCUGAAAGGAUAAUGGAUUUCUGUCAAGUGUUGCGCCGUUUGCUUCCACAAAAUAUUUCUCUGAGAUGACACUGCAGAGAAGAUCUCGUUUCCAUCACGUUUGAAAUUCUUCAGAAUAUUUCAGCUGUAUGAACUCUGAGGAGUUUUUAAACAACAUUUUUAAGGCUGUCAGUUUUUGAUUUGCAUAUGGGUAAGAAUCAUAUAAUAAUCUGCGAAUUCAUUUUGUGAAUUGUUAUUGUUGCAUAUGCAAUUUAUCAAUUUGUUGCAUAUGCAAAACCCAGCGUGUUUCCCUUUGCGUAUAAAUUUUUUUUGGAAGAAGACUGUUGAACAUCAUCAGAAAGUAUCGGACUUUUUUUUUUUUCAAAAUGGAGAAUGCCAAAAUGCCCAGAAUUUUCCCACUACGAAAUUUCUUGAAUCUUAGGGUAAUUAUAUAUAUAUAUUUUCAAUUCUAGAUUAGGCAAUUCGGUCAAUCAUAUCAGAAGUUGAUCUUAAAAUCGUUUCUUAAUACUUACCUAAAAAUAUACUCAAAAGGCAACAUUAAUUCUCCAGGAAAGUUCGUUAUUGUUUUCUUAUAUAAGUCAGACGUAUAUUUUUUCAUCAUAAUAUUUGCUAUAUUCAGUAGGCCUAGCUAAUCUCUCUGAAGGAUAUUAUACAUCUUAUAUGUUUUUUUUAAAUUUUAUUUUGUAAACGUUUGCUAACUCGUUAAUGCCUUUACAAUUCAUCAUAAAUUAAAAGGGCGAAGUUUCGCUAUUGCAUUGAUAUAUACAGAUAAGACUAUUCAUCCGAUAGAAUUUCAUUGUUGCGUUUAGUUAAAAACUUACUUUAUAAUAUCUUUUUGGAUAAAAUGGAGAGUGGCAAUCAUCCAUCUUUGCACACUUUCUUUUAAAAGUAUUCAAAAGAACUCACUGUCUUGAGAAAGCUGUAACGUCAUCAGAUUGUAAGCUGCUCUACCACAAGAUUUCGAAAUUUGUGUGCUCUUUGUUUCGUUGUCAAUGAAAUUGGUGAUAGAAGACAAAAGGAAUUCAAUAGAAGAACAGCCAGAUCCGAGUCUUCUUUUCCCAUUCUAAUUAGAAGAGAAUUCAUUUCUUCUUAUGAAAAGCUAAAGGAUAAGAAAGACUAUGCUUGAUACGAAGGUCAACGGUUUUCAGAAUUUUUAAAUAAUUUCCAAAUGUGCUUUCAGUUCAACAGUUUUUCCCAACACAACUGGUUUAUGUAAAGAUCCAGUAUUUUUUCUAUAAUGUGUGACUAUUGGCUGAAAGAUUUUCAUCUCACUUGUGACGAGACUCCAACAGCUUUGUGGAAAUCUGAGUAGCUACAGAGGACAGACAGAGAAACAUAGACUACACUCCGCAUUCUUGGUUCAGGGCAAUAAUAUUUAGAGUUCUGCUUAUGCAACGGAUUCGAAAAUUGUGAACGUUUUCUUAGAAGUCAAAAUACUUUAUUCGUCGUUCCUGACAAAAAACAAGUCUUAAAAUUGCUGGAAUAAAUAUUAUUUCUAAAACAUGGCAUAGGAAAUUUUCCUCAGUAGCAACAGCGGCAGUUAAAGUGCGAAUUGUGCAAGAAACUCUGUACAGGCUUCAAUCCUCUCAAAAAUCGUCAUCACACCAUUUCCUAAGUGAAUGACUUAUUAACACUUUCAAGGUCAUGGUUCUUCUGACAUCCCCCGAUUACGAUCGAAUGGGUCCCAAAAACUUUCUGGGAGAUCCGGAAAAGGGCCCUGAAGCUCCCAGCACGCGUCCCGGUAGCUCCGUAUCUCAACAAAGGCCCCGGGGACUCUAUAUUCCGAACGAAGAGUUUCGUUCACGGUACUCGCACUAUUUGUCGUGUCGAGAAAUGUCUUCUGGCAAUACCUCGUCUCCAGGCAGGGGAACCCAGCAAUUCAUCCUGAUGAGUUCUAUCUAUGCCCAAUUGUUGGUGGUUAUCUGCGUCGUCUUCUUCACCUCCGAAAUCGUUACACCCCGAGUACCGCUCUUCUAUUUCGAGGGUUUUUAUGUGUUCCUCUACUCUGUGAGCCUUCUCUUUCUUCUGUAUGUCUACACCUACUUGUUGCGUGAGCCUGCCACUGCCAGGACCCCUCGCCGCCUUACCCUCAUCGAAGGACUCAAGAUGAGGAUGGGAGGUGAGAGGGUAACCAAAGCACCCGACGUCGACUCUCCGAACCCUGCCGCCUGUCCCCGGGCUAAGAAGCACCGGAUCUCAGAAAACGAUAGGAGCCAUGGUUCGCUCUUCCUCAGAAUCGGAGCUAUUGCUUUCGGCCUGGGCACCAUGGUGUACAACGGAUUGGAAUUCGGCUCUUUCUUCGAGAUUCCCUCCUCUUCUCCCUGCUACAGCAUCCUGCUUGGCAUCAAUCCUGUUCUGCAGAUGAUGUUCACCUUCGCCCAGAUGUACUUCAUCUUCGCCAACGCCAGGCUGAACAUUCACAAGUUCAAGGUGCUGGCACGGUUCGGCCUGAUGCAUGUCGUAGCCACCAACAUCUGCGUCUGGAUCCGUACGGUGGGCAAGGAGACCCUGCAGGAGAUCGUCAAACACCACCUGUCGCAAGAGAGGGGUCACCCUUCCAGUCUAGAAGAGCUCAUCUUACCCUUCAGAGAAAAUUAUAUCAAGAACAACAGUAAUCCUUGCCAGAAGCAGGAUAUCAUGGGCUCCAUCGUCUCGGACUCCUCACCCUUUCUCUUCCCCUUCAUCGUCGAGUACAGUCUGAUUGGAGCGGCCGUCCUCUACGUCAUGUGGAAGAACAUCGGUAAGGACCCCGUUUUCGCCGAGUCUUCAGAGGAUGGGCUUUCCAGGGCAUCCAGCGUCCAGACCCUUCCCAAGAUGAACUGUGCGGGCUCCUCCAAAGGUUUGUUCUUCGGUCUUCUCGUCUUAGUCAUCGCGACCAUCUGCCUCAUCGUAUUCUUCGUGCUGAUCGAGAACGAGCACUACAGCUUGCUGGCCAUUUUCCUCAGCGACGUCUCCCACUCUGCUAUCAUGGUUCUCACUCUCUUCACGAUCGGAAUAGGCUUCUUCAGGAUCCAGAGAUUGAAAUUCCAGGCAGACAGGACAGACCAUCUAAGGGACAUACUUCUGACGGUGGCUGCUUACGGCUUAUAUGUGUACGCCAUGUUUGGAAUCAUUGCGGGAACGCUAUCGCCGAAGGACUACGUACCGAACUUAUUAGUGAUGGUCACUAGUUGCUUGACUAUUGUACAAGUCACGCUGCAAUCGUUGUUUGUGGCCGAAAUUACCUGCAGGACCACUUAUCUGCCAGAACACGACCAAACUAAACCCGGAAGACAAGUGGUGGCUUUUCUUAUGAUGGGGAAUCUUACUUUAUGGAUUAUUUACACAUUUGAGAUGCAGAAAGCUGAAGCCAGUCCAGUACAACUGGGAUUCUAUGGCUUCAUGGCGUGGACUGUUAUUGUCAGAGCGACAUUACCUCUGAGCAUUUUCUACAGAUUCCAUUCUUCUAUCACAUUUGCAGAGGUCUGGAAGAAUUCUUACAAAAACGUGGCAGCUUAGACUCUUUGCUGACAAAGAAAAAUAACCAGAAGAGACUAGUAGAUUCAGUGACCUAAGAACAGUGCUUGUAGUGGCACGAGUUUUGCUUAGUACUGAGAUUCUGCUUACUAGAGAAUUCAAGCCGAGUUUCUUGAGACACUAGUUACAGAGUUCGGUGAUACUGGCCCAAACUUCCAGAAUUACCUGCACUUUGAAUUAAAUUUAAGCUUUUAGAAAUGUUCUAAUUUCUGUGAUACAUAAUCCAAAUUGAGUGGCACCCAAUUUUAUGGAAUCAAUUCAUGAGACGACUCAUUCGCAAGAUAAAAAUAGCUGCAUAUUUUAUAUAAUAUUACAAUGUAUGACCUCACGCAUCUGUCAUCUAGCAUUUUGCAUUAUAUGAUAUUGCUGUAUUUACAUUUUGCACAAAGUUAUUCAGUGUAAAAAUAAUGUUAUACAACAGAAAAUAUAUCAUUAAUGUUACAUACCGCAAAGGCAAGAUGGAUAAAACUUUCUAAAUUUGAAACGGCGUAGCGCAUUUUUGCCUAAUCAUUGGAGCAUGAAUUGAUUCCAUAUCCAACAACCAAAAUUUUAGUGAUAGUAGUAAUCUGUGAUAUAUUUGCACCUGAUGCCAUCAGUGAUCUUCUAAUUCCACUAGUCUUGCAUACGUAAAUUACAUAUUAGCGCAAAAUUCAUUGAAAAAAUGAAUCUGAUUUUUUUACAGUACCUCUUUAAGAUAAAGAUUUUACUGAACAUAAAUUUCUUUGUCAAUAUGAUUUUUUAAAAUAGUAUGAGUAAUGCCAAAAAAGGAUUGUUAAAUAGCAGAAAAUUUUAUAUUUUCUUCUAUAGUUUUUGUAGUUUGAGCGGUGCUAAAAAUGCAAAAUUAUACACAAAAUUAUUUAUCUUUAAUUAUUUAUCGCAUUCCUUUCAUAAAAUUUUAAAAAAGAUUAUUCCGAUAAGCGUCUCUCUACAUUAUCAUGAAGCAAGCAUUCCGGUACUGCUUAGACCAACUGCGUUUCGUAAUAUGUGAUCUUCAGGACAUUUAAAUGGUUUAAAAUAAACGCCAUUUUAUGAAAUCUGAUUUGUCCUGCCCUAUAAAGGUUCAACUUUCUACAAUUUUACAUUUUAGAAUCGUCUUGCUAGGAACCACCGAUAGUAUUUCACUAACUCAAGGCGAAGCAUACAAAGGUGCUGGUUCGUCUGAACGCAUCCUUUGUUUUCAUGAAUUUCAGUGUUGCCAGCUGUCGAGAAUUCAGGUUCAGUUACUGGUCUGGUCCUAAUUCUCCGUAGCAAGUCCCAAAUGCUAUCACAGCAGCAAUGCUUAGCAUUCUCUAUGACCGCUGUCUGUUACUUCAAAGCGUAACACUAACGUCUUAACACGCAUUUCCACAUAACAUUGAAAGAUAACUUAUUCUCUCGUAUAAACGAUUCAUUGAUGGAAUAUAUGUAAUUCCGUUCCCUAUUACAGUGGAAAAAAGUGGCUGUGCAAAUAACCCAUUGCACGUCUAUUAACACCUUGUUAUAAUGUAAUUUAUAAUUUUAUUUUUUAUUUGAUUCAUUCGAUUCAAAACAAAACAUUGCAUAUUAUUAUUUUAUUUAUUUGCGUACCAAUAGUUUUCGUUCGUAAAAUAUAUCUGCAUUUUGCGUACAGAGUGCUUUGGGUCAAUGAAUAAUUUUUAAGAGAUUUACAUGAAAACUUGAUUGCUAUGCAAUGCAUUCAAUUCAAAAACACCUAAUCAUCCAAAAAUUCGAAAACGAUUGACGGGAAACUGAUUUCUAAUGUUAUUAUGAAGUUUUUAAUCUGUGACAAGGUAUCCUGGUUUUUUUUAAUUAAUUUUUUCCCAAAAUUCUCAAUUUAAUUUCAAAAAAUUCUCAGAAUUUAAAAUCUCUUUUUAAAAAUUCUCUACAAUCCCAUUUUUCACCUGAAAGUAGGUAGCGCGAAGAUUAAGAAAAAAAGAGAAAGAGAAAUGAGUGCAUUUCUUAACAAAUGGAUUCUGAAGAAUUAGCUUUUCGAAUUUUUACUUAGAAUAAUAUUCCAGAGAAUAAUGGCGAAUCAAUAACAUAAUUCAAUUCAUGUCAUAUACCUAACUCCCAGUAACUAGAACUCCUGGGACUGAAACUGUCCUGUGAAUGUGUCUCAUGUUUACGGUCAUUGUAGAAAAACGGGUCGUAAGGGGUUCUCAUUCCGGUGCCUGCCAUAAAUAGUACUUCCAUACUCACGUUUAUUCGAUGUGAAAUAAGUAACUUAAAUUAUCAAAAUCAUCAACUGCAACUAUAGACGUAGUUCAAUAAACAAAUUGUGCGUAUUUAAUAUAAUUUUAUUGACCAAU